CUCGCUCUCUCUCCCCUCCCCCUUCUCCUUCUCUCCCUUACCAAAAACACCAAAACAACUCUCUCUCUCUCUCUCUCUCUCUCUCUCUCCCUUUUCCUCUCUCUGUGUUUAAGUUGUUCUCUCAUGGUUUCUCAAUAAAACCCUUAUCUUUCUCCACACUCUCACUCCCCAGAGAAAAUUUUGAGGAAAAGUUAAUUGGGAAUUAAUCGUAGGAAUAUAUGUCCUUCAAUCAAUCAAGGUCGGACAAGAACGAGACGCAGUACCGGAAAACAGGGCGAUCAACUGGCUCUAAUCAGCAGCACAGGGGAUACUCACCCGCUUACCCUAAGGGCACCGCCGCCUCCGGUGGGCCCGCCCCUUCCAUCUCCUCCAACCGCAGUUUUAAGAAGAAUAAUAACAAUGCACAAGGAGGGCAAUCCAGGGCAAGUGGUUACAUAAGUCCUCAGGAUUUCGGUAGUGCUUCUGCACAACGUGGUGGUGUACAAAAUGGAGCCCAUGUACAGCCCCAAUUGCAUGGAGGUUCUGAUGCACCCAUUGCAAGCACAGCUCCCCGGACAGCUGAAGCAUCAGCUCCUCAGAGAAGCUCCCGAACUGUUCCAAAGGCUCCAACUUCUCAAUCUGCCUCUGUGGCAUCUGACACAAGAACACCCACUACACCAGCGAAGCCCCCAGGAGAUGCGACCAAGGGCUUUGCCUUUCAGUUUGGGUCUAUAAGCCCUGGUUUCAUGAAUGGGAUGCAGAUUCCUGCUCGAACCAGCUCAGCUCCCCCAAAUUUGGAUGAGCAGAAACGUGAUCAGGUGCGCUAUGAUUCUUUUAGAGCUGUGCCUUCAGUGCCAGUCCCUACUGUUCCUAAGCAGCAGUUACCAAGGAAAGAUUCAGCUUCCAUUGAUCAGCCUAAUGCUACUGAGGUUCAUAUGGUACCCAAGGUUAAAAAGGAUGAGCAAGUCUCACAUGCACCCCCUACUAGUCAAACUCAGAAACCUUCUUCUCAUCCAAUACCGGGGAUGUCCAUGUCAAUGCCAUUUCAUCAGCCACAGGUUCCGGUGCAAUUUGGUGGCCCCAACCAGCAGAUCCAAUCUCAGAGUAUGAUUGCCAGUUCACUUCAAAUGCCAAUGCCUAUGCAAUUACCAAUUGGUAGUAGUCAAGUACAGCAGCCAGUGUUUGUUCCAGGUCACCAGCCCCAUCCAAUGCAGCCCCAGGGAAUUAUACAUCAGGGACCGAACCUGACUUUUACCUCCCAAAUGGGUCCUCAGAUACUUCCGAUAGGCAACUUGGGGAUCAGCAUGGCGUCACAAUACCCCCAACAACAGGGUGCAAAGUUUGGUGGCCCUCGUAAAACUCCUGUCAAGAUUACACAUCCAGAUACACAUGAAGAGUUGAGGCUUGAUAAACGGACAGAUUCAUAUUCGGAUAGUGGGCCAUCAGCCCCCAGGACUCACCCUAAUAUUCCUCCUCAAUCUCAGCCUAUACCAUCAUUUGCACCUCCUCAUACUACCAACUAUUAUGCCAAUUCUUACAAUCCCAGUUCCCUAUAUUAUCCGGCUCCAAGUUCUCAUCCCUUAACUAGUAGUCAUAUGCCACCCAAUUCACAAGCACUGAGGUUCGGCUAUCAAGUGAGCCAGGGUUCCCAACCUGUACCUUUCAUUAAUCCAUCAUCUCAUAAUACCCUGCCUGUAAGCAAGUCUGGGUCCCUUGUGCACAAUGUGGUGGAUCCACCUAACCAGGAACACGUACGCGAUGUACAUAAUAUAAGUGCCUCUGUUCCAUCAACAACUAUUCCUGUUGUAGUUAAACCUCCUGCUGGAACUGUUGGAGAGAAGGCUGUCGACCCAUUGCCAAACAGCUCAGCUGCUGUUGAAAAAGGUGAAUUAUCGAAGCCUUUGAGACAAUCGGGAGAAGUUAUCCAAUCUGCAGGUGACCAAAACAUCCUCAAAUCAUUGACAGUGAUGGAAAAAGUAUCUGCAAGUGGACUUGCUACUGCUUCAGUUGAAAAACAGGUUUCAAAUCCUUUGUCCUCUUCUUCAGUUGCUCCAACUGAGGAGUCUGUACCAGUUGUGACCACCACUGAACCCAGAAGAAAGGAAACUCUUAGUCGGUCCAACUCAAUUAAAGAUCAGCAAAAGAAAACAGGGAAGAAAGGAAAUGUUCAACCACAGCUUCAGGUUGUUGGGCAGUCUAGCUUUACAUCAAGUGUUCCGUCUCAGUCUGCAGAACAUGGUAUACCUUCUAGUAGUGAUAUUUCUGGAACUGUAGAAGCUAAUACAACUCUUGCUCCAGUAAGCAGUGCAUCUGUGUCAGAGUCAGCGAAGGAACCACUGUCAGAUGUUAGUGCUCCUACUGAUCGUUCUGAAUCAAAGACUGAAGCUAUUGGGGAAGGCACUAUUCCCAUCACCUCUGAAAUAUCUGGUCCUGGGAUGAUUGUUGGUACUUCAGAUUCUGUUCAACAUAGUCAACUAGACAAUUCUUUACAACCAGAUGAACAAGGACAACUUGACUUGACGGGAGCAGAAAAACAGGCAGAACAAAUUUUGUCUGGAAAUUACAAACAGGAUACUAAAGGUCAUGGUAUUUCUGCAGAUUCUAUUUCCGUAGAACCUCUGGAAUCUGCUAAAGUACCUGCGGAGCAUUCUGUUGUGAAGGCAACAGCUAAAGAAAGUACAGUUGCAACCUCAGACCCUGCACAAGGGGGGCAGGGCCAAUAUGAAAGUCUCCAUGCAGAAUCUGACGGAAUGGAUGCCUCUUUAAGCAGAAGUGAUGGAAUGGGUGGCAAUGAAGUUUCUUUUUCAAAACCUAGCAAAUUAGAGCAGCAUUCUGCUUCUGUUCAAACUACCGAACUUUCAGGCAGAACUUCAAAAACUGAAGGUACAUGUGAGGAGAAUUUUGGUGGUGGUGGGGGAAAUAUUGAGAAUAUUGGUAGUGGUGGCGAUUCUCUUACGGUGUCAGGCUUCAGGGACAAACAUGAACUGAGUAGAACUAAGAGUACUAUAGCAAAGGCGAAGAAGAAAAGAAAAGAAGUUCUGUCAAAGGCAGAUGCUGCUGGUGUGACCUCUGAUCUUUAUGGGGCAUACAAGAACCCUGAAGAAAAGAAGGGUAUUGAAGACACCGAAAGUACUAUGACCAGUUUAAUUUCAAAGCAGGUAGCUAUUGAUGCUCCUCAGCAACAUGUUUUAGGGAGGGAGAGAGAUGCACCUGUUAAAGUUGAGCCUGAGGAUUGGGAAGAUGCUGCUGACAUCUCUACCCCAAAACUGGAAACCUCAGAUACUGUAGAGCAGGUCCAUGGAGUGGAGGAUUCUGACAAAGAUGGACAUGAACAUGGGACGAAUAAAUAUUCCAGAGAUUUCCUUUUGAAGUUUUCUGUGCAAUUUACUGAGCUUCCAAAAGGUUUUGAAAUUAUAUCUGAUAUAGCAGAGAUCUUCAAUGCUAAUGUGAAUACUGCUCCUUAUGAUUCACUCCCUAGUCCGGGAAGAAUUAUUGACAGGCAAGGAGGGGCUGCAAGACUUGACCGUCGUGGGAGUGGAUUGAUGGAUGAUGAUAGAUGGAAUAAGGGAGCUGCUGUCCGAACUGCCCAAGGACCAAAUUUUGGUGUAUUGAGGAAUCCACGUGCACCGGCACCAGGUCAGCAGCAUGUUAGAGGGAUCCUGCCUGGGCCUGCCCACUCUGUUGGCCAUCAGGGAGGGAUGCAAAGAAAUAAUUCUGAUGCUGACAGGUGGCAGAGAGCUACGAAUUUUCAACCAAAGGGCUUGAUGCCAUCUCCUCAUACUCCAUUACAGGUGAUGCACAAAGCUGACAGGAAGUAUGAGGUGGGUAAAGUGAGUGAUGAAGAGCAGGCCAAGCAAAGGCAGUUAAAGGCUAUACUAAACAAGUUAACUCCACAAAAUUUUGAAAAACUUUUCGAGCAAGUAAAAGCUGUCAAUAUAGAUAAUACAACGACUCUAACUGGUGUCAUUUCACAGAUCUUUGACAAGGCUCUUAUGGAGCCUACUUUCUGUGAGAUGUAUGCAAACUUCUGUUUUUAUCUUGCCGGAGAGUUACCUGAUUUCAGUGAAGAUAAUGAAAAGAUUACUUUUAAGAGAUUGCUUUUGAACAAGUGCCAGGAGGAAUUUGAGAGGGGAGAAAGAGAGCAAGAGGAGGCCAAUAAGGCUGAUGAGGAGGGUCAGGUGAAACAGUCUGAAGAAGAAAGAGAGGAGAAAAGAAUUAAAGCGCGAAGACGAAUGUUGGGUAAUAUUAGAUUAAUUGGGGAGCUUUACAAAAAGAAAAUGUUGACCGAGAGAAUAAUGCACGCAUGCAUUCAAAAGUUGUUAGGUCAGCAACAGACUCCGGAUGAGGAAGAUAUUGAAGCUUUGUGCAAACUAAUGAGCACAAUUGGGGAGAUGAUUGAUCAUCCGAAGGCCAAGGAGCACAUGGAUGCAUAUUUUGAAAGAAUGAAAAGCUUAUCGAAUAACAUGAAAUUAUCUUCUAGAGUUAGGUUCAUGUUGAAGGACGCAAUUGAUUUGAGAAAGAAUAAAUGGCAGCAGAGGAGGAAAGUUGAAGGACCAAAAAAGAUUGAGGAAGUGCACAGAGAUGCUGCACAAGAACGGCAGGCACAGUCUAGUAGGCUGGCCCGUGGUCCUGGAAUCAACCCAUCAGCUAGAAGGGGGCCUCCUAUGGAAUUCAGUCCAAGAGGAUCGACUAUGUUAUCUUCUCCUAAUGCCCAUAUGGGUGGUUUCCGUGGGAUGCCUGCUCAGGCUCGUGGUUAUGGUAGUCAGGAUGUCCGCACAGAUGAAAGACAUUCUUAUGAGAGUAGGACCUUGUCAGUUCCUUUGACUCAAAGACCCAUCGGUGAUGAUUCUAUUACUUUGGGUCCCCAGGGUGGUCUUGCCAAAGGAAUGUCCAUCAGAGGACCACCAUCAAUGUCAGCUGCUCCUUUGGCUGAGAUGCCUCCCACUGCUGGAGACUCUAGGAGGAUGACUGCUGGUUUGAAUGGUUUCAGUUCUCUUUCAGAGCGGACAACAUACAAUGAAAGGGAGGAUCUUGUGCCAAGAUAUAUGCCAGAUAGAUUUUCAGGUCCAGCUGCUUAUGAUCAGUCAAGUGCGCCAGAGCGUGAUUUAAAUUUUGGUGGUAGGGACCCUAGGAGUUCAGAUCGUAGUUUUGAUAAAACUCUUCCAACUUCACCACCCACACGUGCACAUGGAGCAGUUUCAACACAAAAUGUUCCAUCAGAAAAUGUGUUGACUGAAGACCGUCUUAGAGAUAAGUCUUUGGCAGCAAUUAAAGAAUUUUACAGUGCUCGAGAUGAGAAAGAGGUUGCUUUAUGCAUUAAAGAAUUGAACUCACCAAGCUUCCAUCCGUCAAUGAUCUCCCUUUGGGUCACAGACUCUUUUGAGAGGAAGGAUGCAGAAAGAGAUCUCUUGGCAAAGCUUCUAGUCAAGCUUACAAAGACCCAUGAUGGAACAUUGAGUCAAUCUCAGCUCAUCGAAGGGUUUGAAACUGUUCUGUCAACCUUAGAGGAUGCCGUGAAUGAUGCUCCGAGAGCACCAGAGUUUCUUGGCCUUAUCUUUGCCAAAGUCAUUUUAGAAAAUGUCGUUUCCCUGAAUCAGAUUGGUCAAUUAAUACGUGAAGGUGGAGAGAAGCCAGGGCGUCUUCUGGAAGUCGGGCUUGCAGGCAACAUUCUUGGGAACGUAUUGGAGAUUAUCAUGUCAGAGAAAGGAGAUAGCGGUUUGAACGAGAUCCGUAAGACCUCCAACUUACGGUUGGAGACUUUUCGGCCCCCAAAUCCUCUCAAAUCAAGGUUACUAGAGAAAUUUAUUUAGAGAUUAGUGAUGCUCGUUGUAAUCGUGUUAGAAGGAAUUUAUCUAAUGGGAUGGGGAGGGGAGGGGAGGGGAGGGGAUGGGAUGGAUGGGGAGUAGUCAUUCUCCAUGUUUUAAUGUUAUUUCUGAACAAUAUUUACUGCAGUUAUGAACGGUUCAAUUGAGCAUCAAAUUUUCUAGCCCCCUUUUAAUUGCUCUCUCUGGGUAUCUUUGUGAUCCUAAUUAGUAAUUAGUGUGUUUUUCCUUGCAAUCAUGACUACUUUGUAGAUCCGAAUGCUCGAUCGAUUUCUUCCGUCGGUUUCUGUAAGCUGUGAAAAAGCCGAUAGAAUAUGUCCAGGUUUCAAUUCUGUUCAAUAAAUAGGUUUUGAUUCUUUCCAAUAAAGUUGAUAGUUUGUUCUGCUCAA